GCAGCGUCAGGAAGUAUUGCUGUAAGGUUUGAGUCAUACUGUGAUUUGGGUUAGUUUAAGCGAGGUAGUUAGCAAACUAGUAACUAAGAGUGUGUAUGAUCGUUUAUUCGAAAAUGAAUGUAGUUAGCAGUGUAGAAAGUAAUAAGAAAGAUGAUAAAAUUGAAACGAUUCUUAAUAUGCUAAGGAACCAAGUAGAUCAGUAUAAUACUGCGAAAGAGGAUAACCCAUCGGAACCCGAAUUAACGACGGAUCAAAGGAUCCAACAACUGGUGAUGGAAGAGAAGCAAUUGUCAACACAGUUCCAAAAGGUUAGAAAGGAACUAAGAUUUUAUGAGCGGAAAUAUGAAAAGAUGUUGAAGAAGAGAGUGAGGCACAUAAAGAUACAGAUUAAAGAGGAUCUUAAGAAAUUAAAAGAAAUAAAAGAAAAAUAUUUUGAACUACACUCUCAGCUAGAAGCAGAAUCCUCUACAUUGGAGAAAGCGCAAGAGAAGGAAUCAGAGGAAGCAAGCAACCCUUUGAGCGUAAAUACGCUGUCAUCUCAGCUUAAGCAAAAUGAUAUACCGCUUAGUAGCAAGAUUAAAAUUAGCAUUAAAAAAAAUGAAAACUCAUGCAGCAGUGAGAUACAUUUCGUUCACGAUAUCAAUGGACAAAAUGCGUUUACAAAUCUAGUUGAAAUUGUAAAACCUGUGGCCCUGAACACUCGAGAAUGUAAAAUUAUCUUGCAAAAAUUAACAGAAGAGCAAAUUAACAAGUAUAUUGAUCAAAAGAGGUUAGGUCAACCGCAAAUAGAAUACAAAGAAAUAACGCAAGAUUGUUUACAAGAAAUCAAUAAAAGUAUUGUUUGCCCAAAGUGGCACAUAAAAAUUCCAAGAUCCGUAUUUGAAGAAAGUCAGAAGGAAAGUAGAAAAUCCAUAUUUGAAGAAAGUCAGAAGGAAAGUAGAAAAUCCAUAUCCGAAGAAAGUCAGAAGGAAAGUAGAGAAUCCAUAUCCGAAGAAAGUCAGAAGGAAAGUAGACAAUCCGAUUUGAAUGUAGCUUCUUGCUCAGAAGUCAUUUAAUUAGAUUGAUACAAUUGACUAUUAGUAGUAGUAUUUAUGUUAUAUGUUAACCAGAAAAUGUUGUAUAUGUCAAUAUCUUCCCAAAUUUUUGUUACUACAUGACAAUACAGAUUAGUUGCAGAAAUAGUUUAAAUAAGAAAAUAUAUUAAAAGGAUAUUGUGUAAUAAAACACCAAGCAAAAGUGUUGCCACAUUGAUCUUGCAUUAGUGAUGACACCUAUGCAGUGUUUCACUUAAGGAUAAACCAAACAAAGACACA